UGGUGUCAAGGGACAUGCUAUGUAAAGACAACUGUGAUGAUAGGUACCGGGGGGGUACUCAACAAAUUUUUAUGCAGGGAGGCCCCACCCCGAGGUCCAACCCCUUACCCUUUUAUAUACCAAUUUUCAAGAAAAAGGUAUCCCUUUCAUAUAGCUUCUAUUGACAAAAUGUACCCCUUUCACAUACCUUGUUUAGAACUUUGCAUCCCUUUUAACCACUGUAAAUGCACUGUCAGAUUAAAAUAGGAAUCGAUCACAAAAAUAGAAUGUUUUCUUGACUUUAUAAAGCCUGAAAAUAAAUUCAUCUGUUAGCCCUUUGGGCCCUUUCACAGACCCAAAUGACAGAUUUCCGUACCCUUUCGUAUACUUCUAUGAGUGAAAUCCCUACUGAAGCCUGAAAAAGGUAACCCUUUUGGGCGGAGCCUCCCCGUAUAGGCCAUUAUAGGGAGUCCCCCCACCCCCUUGCAUUUUGCAAUGUGUUCUAAGUGGUUUACAAAGGGUAACUUCAAAACGUCAGGUAUGCGGUUUUAUAAUAAUUUUAUUAUUGUUUUGUAAAAAAAAAAAAAACAAGUUUUAAUUCCUCUCAGAUCGUAUUCACUUGACUUCUCAGGUUGUCUGUGAUGAUAACCUGGUUUUCACAGAUGUUGUGGCUGGAGGGCCUGGCUCAGUUCAUGACUCCAGGGUCCUUCGAAUUUCUGAGCUUUGGAAUACCUCUGCAAAUAUGUUUCCUGGGGAUACCCAUCUUCUUGGAGAUGGAGGCUACCCAUUAUUAAGGUAUCUAAAUAAACAAAGUGUUGCUACUAUUGUGAAUUUAACAGCAGGUAUUAACUCAAACGUUGCAAGUUAUUGGUUUACAUAAUUUGAAGUAGUUUUACUUUUUGCUAGUCAUUUGGCAAAAUAAUGCAUCUUCUAAAUGGAACCUCAUCCCAUAAAGUUGGCCACCAAAAAAAUCCCCCAACCCAACUUCUAAGUACCCCACCCACCAACUAGAACUUCUUUUCUUUUCUUUUUUUUCCCAGGUAGCUUAUAACUCCUUAUACAGACAAUGGUCAUUUGACUGCCCAACAGAGAAGGUUUAAUACAGUCCUUUCAUCACUGAGACAGAAAGUUGAAUGUGCAAUAGGUCUUUUGAAGGGUAGAUAGAGAAGACUACUUUUUCUGGAUUUCUUGGAUCUAAGACUGGCUGUUCAUUUCAUUAUUGCUACUUGUGUACUUCACAACUUUUGCAUACUCCAUGAUGAUUUCUAUGAUGGCUACCUUAUGGAUGAUGACUCUGACGAUCAUUAUGAUGACGGUGACCACUGCCCUGGAGGGACAGCUGAACAAAAACGAACCCACCUGAUGAACAGUGUUUGUGCAUAAUUUACAGUGAAAUAAUACUGUGUAUCACGUGCUAUUAUGGUAAAGGGAUGGAUUAAUGGUCUCCCAAGAGCCCAUUACAAAAUCACAUAGUGGUUUAUCCAAAUAUAAUUGUACUGUAUUACUAAAUAGUAUGUAUCAAUUUGGAGAGGCAGUAUUGUAUGAAUGCAUACCCAAAACCAAAACAUGUAAUGCAAGCAGCAACCAAUUGCCUAAGACUCAAACCAAAUAAAACAGUCAAACUCUUUAGUUCAAUAACCCAUCAGCAUCCGGUCUUUGUUAUUGUCACUAAUGAAUUUCUGCAUUCCUCAUACACUGAUUCCUGACAAAAAGCACUUGUUUUGUGGAAAACACCAUUCUUUGUCAUUGAAAAACUGCUCACCCAGAAUAUUGGCUGCCUCCAGUUAACUUAUUUACACACUGUAACCCCAGUUCCUCCUUUCCCAUUUUACUUAACUGCACUCCUUUUCUCAUCAAUCAAUGUGAUACCGACUUUGAGACUUAACUGGUGGAAGAAUUUUUACAAGAUAUGUCAUUGUAAACAAACAUGUUCACUCCCUUUCAUAGCCUUAUUUAUAUAAAUACUUUCACAUCUAAACUUCAACCCAACAAUAUAAUUUAUUUUAAUAUAGUUUAACAAGUGGUGUUAAUAACAUUUUUAGAACUCAUCAAAGUUAAAAUUAAUAAUGGUAUCUGUUCCCUAUUUUUAAAUAACUAAGUGUAUUAUUAAGGUAUUGUUAACUUUAUCAAUAACAAAAAAAAAUAAGAAAAGAAAUUUCAAGUGAGAUAUUGUUUCAUGAAUCGUUUGUCAUCAUUUUGUUGUACCAAAAAAAUUUUUUUAAAAGGUAGAGGCCUAAAAAACAUGGAAGAUGGAAACACAACCAAAACAUAGCCAAGAUCAUGACUUAUAAAUAAUGACUAAAGGAUGAGCAUUUUCAGUCAACCAGUUAACCAACCUACGUACAAUUUCAACUGAUGUCCCUGUCAGUGUUAAGCCCCAGGGUGGAGGAGUAGUGUUGGACACAUAUGGUGGAAUAGCCCAAGAAUGUUUUGAAUUAAGAAAAUUCAAAGUCAAGCUACUUUGCCUAAGGGAUAACCCAUAACAAUGGACGAAUUUUGCAAAAGAUAAUGCCAAACCACUGGACGUCUAUCCAUCUCUCUCUUAAUUUCUUUGGGGUGGCACACCCUAGGGAUUAAUAUUGAAAGGUACAUAACCCCCAAAAUAUUCUGACCAAUGCCCUUCCUCAAGAGAUACUCACUCCUUUUUGGAAUCUUUGGGAAAGAAAGAAACUGACUAAAGAACUCUUUUUUUUCCUCUUGCAUUGCUUUUAGAAUGUUUACGUUUUCCUCUUCAACUCCUUUUUGCUGUAUAGUCCGUCAAAAAAUCAAGCAUUUCAGAUGCUGAUGACUUGGACUUUCUUUUUCUUUUUGGCCUUUUCAAUUUUGAGGAACUGCAUCCUUCUCUCUCCUCGGAAUCACUACUAUCUGAAUUCAAUCCUUCAUCAGGAGUUGAAGACCGUGUAGAGGAUGAGGAGGAACUACCUCAAGAAGUGUCAAAUGUAAAGACGGGCUUUACAGUUGGGUUGUCUCCCAUGCAGUCUUCCAUCUCUUUGAAGAAUUUCCAGGUUUUUUCCUUCCUUCCGGUCUUACUGUUGUUGUCUUCAAUUUCCUUUUGCUUCGACUCUAGUUUCUUAAAUUUCCGACAGCACUGAUCUCCAGUAACAUCAACAUCGGA